GGAGAGCAGACGUAAAUAGUGUUCAAAGUGUCAGGCAAGGUUCCUCGAUUUUCCGGGUUUUGGGUUAUUCUGUGUUAUUCUGUGAAGAUGCAAGUAUCGGACGAGCUCGAUAGGAUCCUGAGGCAGAUUGGAAUUGGAGCUAGACCUGUGAAUGACUCAUUCUUUGAUGAAACUCAUAAAUCGUUUGGAGUUUUCACAUCACUGGGGGUUUAUCAUGCAGAUGAGGAGGAAUUGUGCCAUCCAGAGAUGAAGGAGUUUUCGUGUAAUGGUCCGGGCUGUUCAGCAACCUUCAAGACACUUGUCGAAUUCGAGAUGCACUACAACGGUUGCCACGGUUUCACGUGUAUAGAGUGUAGGAAGAUUCGUCCCACUGAGAGAUUACUAGAUAUACAUAUUCAGGAGACACAUGAUAAUUUCUUCAAAGUAUUAGCAGAGAAAAAGCCAAUGUACCAAUGUUUCGUAUCAGACUGUUAUGAGAAGUUCUCCUCGCCAACCGAGAGGAGAGACCACAGUAUAAAAAUCCACAAAUUUCCGAGUAACUAUCGAUACGACGAGUCAUUGACGCAGAAAUCAGCAAAAAAGGAGAAAAAAAGACUGAAAAAAGCAAAUGAAAAGAAGAAAGACGGAAUCAAGGACAUAGAAAUGCGAGAUGAAGAACCUGAAGAUACAAUGGAGGUUGACUCCCCAAAAAAAAAUUCUCAAAGUCCCAAAAAACCCAAACUGAAGAUUAAUAAAAAUCAAAAAUGCAGGACGUUUAUUCCAAGUCUUCAAAAUCCCACUUCGAAGUCCUCUGACAGCAGCAAUCAACCUCCAGUAGCUGUUGAAACAUCAAAAGUCGAAGUGAAACCUUCAUCAGCAGCUCUCGCGUUCAUCCCUCGGCAACUAAUGCACAAAUCCUAUUCAAAAGUUCUCACGAAAAAUAUGAAAAUGGAAAGAGAAGUUCUGGAAAGUGAGAAUAUGAUGGAUUUAGCUGAAGCUCUUCCUCAGUAGCAUAUAAAUGAAUAAGUAAAACAUAUGAGGAAUGGAUAAUUCCAAUAAACUGUUAGAUUUGUGAAUAGAAAAAUUAUUUUUCUAUUUUAAUACAUAAAAAUUGGUCAAUUAAACAUAAGGUUUUAUGAAUAAUU